UGGCUGCAAUUACUGGAGGUUCCUACCCUGUAGUUAUAUCCCUGACCCCCAGUGCUUCAGGGAGGGAAGGGUGGGCCCCACCAGAGCCAGCCUGCGGCUGGGGAGCCUUCUUGUCUAGGAUUCAAAGUUGCUGGGUUGGGAAGAGGUACCAGGGAGUCCCGACCAAUUGCUCUUGGCUCCUCAACUGGCUUCCUCCCUCCAGUGGCUUAUGGGGUACUAUCCUGCCCAGCUCUGCUAAGAUGAUCCUGGCCUCUCCCUCCACCCCGUCCAGGGGACGGACCCCCAGCGCCGUGGAGAGGUUGGAGGCCGACAAAGCCAAGUAUGUCAAGACACACCAAGUGAUAGCACGACGUCAGGAGCCAGCCCUGCGUGGGGGUCCCGGACCGCUCUCCCCGCACCCCUACAAUGAGUUGGGACCCCCUGGAUCGCCCAGGACGCCCAGGCCCGCCCGCCGGAGCAGCGGCAGGCGGCUGCCAAGGCCUGACUCCCUCAUCUUCUACCGCCAGAAGCGGGACUGCAAGGCUUCGGUGAACAAAGAGAACGCCAAGGGCCAGGGGCUGGUGCGGCGCCUCUUCCUGGGGGCCCCCCGCGACGCCACCUCGAGCAGUCCCGGCCCAACCGAGCGACCAGCGGCUCCUGGGGUUUGGGCCGCUCCCCAAGAUGCCCCGGAAGCGUCAGGAAAGCGGGCGCUGUGCCCCACAUGCUCACUGCCCUUGUCGGAGAAGGAGCGCUUCUUCAACUACUGCGGCCUGGAGCGCGCGCUGGUGGAGGUGCUGGGCGCUGAGCGCUUCUCUCCGCAGAGCUGGGGCGCCGACGCCAGCCCCCAGCCCGGGGCGCCGCCGCCGCCCGGUUCCGGGGACACCAGCGACUGGACGUCCAGCGACACGGAUCGCCCGGACGGUGCUGGCGGCGGCGGGGGCGGCGGCGGCGGCGGCUCGGAGGCCGCGGGCUCGGCGCGGGACGGGCGCCCCCCGGUGUCCGUGGUGGAGCGCAACGCGCGCGUCAUCCAGUGGCUGUACGGCUGCCAGCGCGCCCGCGACCCGCCGCGCGAGUCCGAGGUGUGAUUGCGGCCGCUCGGGAGCGGGCUUCCGGGAAGUCCGGGGUCCGGGCAGGGUUAAGGGGUGGGAGCGGGGCUGGACCCGGGCACCGGAAGGGACGCCCUGCCUCUGACGCGCCGGGUGCCGUGGGGCGAGACCUUCCCUCUGGAUCUGGGCUUCCCCUUGUGAACCUUGGGAGGCUGGGACAAAAUGAUUCCCAAAGGCCUUUCCCAGCGCAGACGGCGGAGGGGGAGGGGGCAGCUAUGUGGCCCCUGUGGAGGCCGGGUCUGGGGAGAGAGGUCUGGGGUGGGAGAUCAGAGAAUCUGCUGAAUAAAGCCACAAUGUUAUUUAAAGGAGUCGUGAUGUUGGAUUAGAGAGUCCAUAUUGAGGAAAGAGGCGGGGCGGACUUGCGUGGUUAGGUGCGUGGGUUUGGAGUGUGGGUUCCAGGCUCACUGCGUGACCCUAGGCAAACACUUAACCUCUCCGAAUCACAGUUGCACCCCUCGGUGAUCAAAGUAUUUUUGAAAGGGUCCUAAAGCUCAUGGCCAAGUGACUGGCGUAUAGGAAAUGUUCAGUAAACGACAGCCGCUAAGACCGCUACUGAA